GCACGCGCAGUUGUGUUUACCGGCAUUGCUUGGCUACAGCUAUUCUGGGCUGCAAGAUUCGAAACCGCAGAGGUUUCCUGUUGGGAUGUUGUGGCGAGAUCGGGUUGGGCUAUCUCUAGCGCGGCUGUUGGGCUCAGUUGGCGACAGAAAGCCGAGGGUGAGGUGAAGUGCCUUUGAAACUUGUCGCCUCUGGGAUGAAGAAGAUUUUUGGCUUCGGGAGUAAGAAGGGCGAGUCGCCCUUGGGCUCGUCCACCAGCCCGAGGAGGGACAGCGCGGGCGUCGGGCGUGAGAACAGUAAAAGCGUCAACUCACAGCCCGGGUACCACAUCCGGGACAAAGAUCUCGGGAAGAUCCACAAAGCUGCCAGCGUGGGUAACGUAGCGAAGGUGCAGCAGAUUCUUUUGCUCGGGAAAAAUGGCUUGAAUGAUAGAGACAAGACGAACAGGACUGCUCUACAUUUGGCCUGUGCCAAUGGCCAUCCAGAAGUGGUAACUCUCCUAGUAGAGAGAAAAUGCCAGCUUAACGUCUGUGAUAGCGAAAACAGGACCGCUCUGAUUAAGGCCGUACAGUGCCAGGAAGAGGAAUGUGCAACUAUUCUGCUAGAACAUGGUGCUGACCCAAAUCUUAUGGAUGUCAAUGGCAACACUGCUCUCCACUAUGCUGCCUGUGGUCAGAAUAUAUCAAUAGCAGCAAAACUGCUUUCACACAAUGCAAAUAUUGAAGCAAGAAACAAGAAUGACCUCACACCACUUUUACUUGCUGUAAGUGAAAACAAACAGCAGAUGGUGGAGUUUUUAGUAAAGAAAGAAGCAAAUAUACAUGCAGUUGAUAAGGCAAAAAGCAAUCGCCAACUAAUUUCUGAGUAUAAAGAAGAAAAGAGACCUAAAAAUUCUUCUCAAAAUAACAAUCCAGAUAUAGAAAUACAGGAAUCUCCAAGGCAAAUAUCAAGAAGAACAGAGUCAAGGAAAGUGGAUGAAAGUUCCGACGAGGACUCUUCAAGCAGGCUUUCCAAGAAACCUGGUGUUGAUGAUUCAUGGCCUACCUCAGAUGAUGAAGACCUAGAUUUGGGUAUCCAGAAUGUCGCAAAGCCAAACUUAACAAAGCUAAUCACUGCCUCUCAGCAAUCCAGGAAAAAUAUAGAAGAAAAACCUAGCAUUGUGAGACCAGAAAAGAGAACCUUGUUUGAGGACAGUAACUCUGAUAGUGAAGAUGAAGAUGUGGUUGAAACUCUUCCUAAGCCAUCAUUCACAGUCCAGGGCUUUUCUCAUCCUGCCUUUCCACCAUCUGACCCUCCUUUAAAACCUUCCUUGAAUUUUUCAGCAGUCCCUGGUGUCACAAAGGAAGGAGCAGCAAAGCCAGCAGUUGGAAAAAGAGAAAAUAGUAUUGAUAUUAUUGAAAGUGCUCCAAGAGAGCAAAGAAAUAAUGACAACUUGACUUACAUUGAUGGAGCACACAAAAAUAAUAGAAGUGAUAUGAUGUCAGCGUUAGGAUUAGGAGAAGAGGAAGAUGUAGAAUCACCUUGGGAUUCUGAGAGUGUCUCUGAGAGUCUUGCACAGAAGUAUGUUGGUCAUUUUUCUGGAGCUACAGAUGAAAAAGGAGAAAAUAUAGUAAAUGGACAAAUAGAAGAUUCUCCUGAGAAAUACCCCCACUUGAAGCCCAUUCAGCCUAUCAUUGAGAUGAAAGAUUCUACUCCUGAUAAAGCAGCAGAAAGGAAGGAUGUACAGACAUCCAAAUCAGAUUUUUCAGAUUGGGAUUCUACUAGUUUGACCCACAAGCUUUCCAGGGAUUUGAAAGUUGAUGAUAAAUGUCCAUUUGUAUCACAAUCAAUGACCAAAAGUCAGUCAGCAUCCACAGAAUUUGGAGAGAUGACCUUAAUAGAUAAAGAAAAGAUUAAUAUUGGAGCUGUGUUUCUAUUAGGGAAUUAUCCUCUCCAUGACCUGUGUGAAUCACACCUACCAGAAAACAAAGAGAGCAAAGAAGAUUUGUCAGCAGAACUAGAUUUAGAAAUGACAUCAGAGGAAGAGCGAGAAAGACUUGAUGAACGUGAAAAUAACCGGCCACAGGAUAGAAUUAUUUUAAAAACAUGCACCCCGGCAGAAAAGACUUCUGAAAAUCAAACCAAGCAGAUUAAUCUUCCAUUUCCACUUUUGCAUCUACCAAAAACGCCUCCAGAACCAGAAAUGAAUAAGGAGUGUGAUAGAGAGGAUAUGUCUGUGUAUUCAGGACUUGCUUGUGUGCAAAAGUAUGAGGAAAUGUGGAUCAAACAAGGCAAAUUAGAGUUGAAAAAUAAUUUAAAACUCAUCACAAAUGAGUUAAAGCAGAAGUUUGGUGAAAUUUGUGCGAAAUACAAAAUUACUGCUUGUCCUGAGGAAGAGCCACUACACGACAACUCUAAAGAAGGAGCACACUUAAAGGAAAUACCCUCUAAUUUGACAGAUAAUAUACUUGAUUGUGAGGAAAAAGAUGCAUUUGGAGUGUCUGUCUCUGUAGUGUUCCAAGCAUUUCCUGAACGAAGAGAACCUAGUCUCGAAAAUGUCUUUCCAUCUCAUUUGCACUCUGGGUCCCAAGAGUAUGCCUGCCAGUCAUCUUCUAAGCUUUAUUUAAAUGAUGAUAAAUUAGACUUUGAAAAUGAUAGUAAACCAGACACUGAACACAUUUUUAACAAAAACAAGGAGAGUCUUUGUAAUGAUGCAGAAAGUGAACAUGUAAGGAACCCAGAAGUAGUUACAGUUGAAAUGAAAGAAGACCAAGACUUUGACAUACAAAUGACAAAAAAUAUAAACCAAAAUACUACUAAAUGGAAAUUAGACAUCAAAGAUAUGCCUCAGCCUAGUGAUCCGAAAAGGCUUUUUGAUUUGUGGCUUACCCGCUCCAGUGAAAUGAAGCAUAUGAUUCAAAUAAAAAGUCACAGUCUUUCUGCUGUCACAAACACUUAUGAGAAAACAAAACCAAUACAAGACUUGUUCCAGAAGCCAUAUUAUGAUAAUUGCAGUGCUAAUAAGUAUAAAAGCGUGGAACCUGAAUUAGAAAAUGGGAAUUCUGCUGCACCAGAUAGUGACGAAACAUCAAAAGUAUAUCUAAAUGAAGAAUUACAGCAAGAUACGCACAGGUUUAAGAAUGAUAUAGGCGUGUUACAAGUAGAAUUCCUGGCUUUGGAAAAAGAGAAAGUUCACCUUCAGAAAGAGGUGGAAGAGGAAAGGAAGAAGUUCAAAAGUAGUGAAUUGGAAGUAACAGAAAAUACGUAUGAUCCUGCUAUUGACAAUGGUGCUAAUGGAUUCAUUAAACAAGGAAAGAGCGGAAAAAGUGAUAAUCAGCAAUUUUGUAUUAAAGAGAAUGAUGAUUCUGAUAGUAGUGAUCCUGCCUUGCAUAUGAAGAAAGUAAAGAAAUAUGACAGUAAAAAAUGGACCUCAGAAGAAUCUGCGAUUACAUCAGUGUUGCAGAAGGCUAAUUCACUAACUGGUGUUCUGCAAGUGAAUGAUGACAGCAGUUUGAGUGAAAUAGAUCAGGAUGAAGGAAGGCCUGCAAAGAAAACAUCUGAUGAAGAGAGCAAGGUCCAAAAGCAAAUUAAUUCUAUGAAUGACCUUGAUGACUUAUCUCAGUCAUCUGAAACAGCUUCAGAGGAUUGUGCAUUGCCUAACUCCAAUUAUAAGAAUUCCAUGUUGCUAAUUGAACAGCUUGGAAUGGAUUGUAAAGAUUCUGUUAGUCUAUUGAAAAUCCAGGAUGCAAUUCUUUCGUACGAAAGAUUAGUAGAACUUAAAAAAAAUCACUGUGAACUACUUACAGGAAAAAUUAAAAAAAUGGAAAAUAAGGUUAGUGGACUACAAAAGGAGCUAUCAGAAACAAAAGAAAUAAAAUCACAGUUAGAGCAUCAGAAAGUGGAAUGGGAACGAGAAAUCUGCGGUUUGAGAUUUACCUUAAAACAAGAAGAAGAGAAGAGAAGAAAUGCUGAUAUGUUGUAUGAAAAAAUUCGGGAACAAUUAAGAAGAAAAGAAGAGCAAUAUAGUAAAGAAGUUGGAAUGAAACAACAACUCGAACUCACUCUUAGGACGCUAGAUAUGGAAUUGAGGACUGUAAGAAAUAAUUUGAAUCAGGUUGUAGAAGAAAGAAAUGAUACCCAGAGGCAACUUUCUCGAGAACAGAAUGCCAGAAUGUUACAAGAUGGAAUUCUGACCAGUCACCUUAGCAAACGGAAGGAGAUAGAAAUGGCUCAGAAGAAAAUGAUGCAGAAUUCUGAGGUUUCUAAUAGUCAUGAAAAAGAAAAAGAUCUAUUGCAUAAACACCACAUGUUGCAGGAUGAAAUUGCCAUGUUAACACUGGAAAUAGAUGCAUUAAAAAAUCAGAACCAAGAAAAAGAAAAGAAAUAUUCUGAGGACAUUGAAAUUCUAAAAGAGAAAAAUGAUGAUCUUCAAAAGACAUUAAAACAAAAUGAGGAAACAUUAACAAAAACAAUAUUUCAGUAUAGUGGACAGCUUAAUGUUCUGACAGCUGAGAAUGCAGUGCUGAACUCUAAACUGGAGAAUGAAAAACAAAACAAGGAAAGACUGGAAACCGAGGUGGAAUCAUAUCGUUCUAGAUUGGCUGCUGCUAUACAUGAUCACGAUCAAAGUCAGACAUCCAAAAGAGACUUAGAACUUGCUUUCCAGAGAGCAAGAGAUGAGUGGUUUCGUUUACAGGACAAAAUGAAUUUUGAUUUGUCUAACCUAAAAGAUAGCAAUGAGACUCUUUCCCAACAACUUUCUAAAACUGAAAGUAAAUUCAACAGCCUAGAAAUUGAGCUCCAUCACACAAAAGAUGCCCUCAGAGAAAAGACUUUGGUUUUAGAACGUGUACAAAGAGACCUAAGCCAAACACAGUGUCAGAUGAAGGAAAUUGAACACAUGUAUCAAAAUGAACAAGGUAAAGUCAGUAAAUAUAUUGGAAAACAGGAGUCCGUAGAGGAAAGAUUAUCCCAACUGCAAAGUGAAAACAUGUUGCUUCGACAGCAACUGGAUGAUGCUCACAGCAAAGCUGACAAUAAAGAAAAGACAGUAAUUAAUAUCCAAGACCAAUUUCAUGAUAUUGUAAAAAAACUUCAAGCGGAAAGUGAAAAACAAAAUCUUAUGCUUGAAGAGAGAAACAAGGAGUUAAUCAAUGAGUGUAAUCAUGUCAAAGAGCGGAUGUAUCAGUAUGAAAAUGAGAAAGCAGAAAGAGAAGCAGUUGUGAGACAACUUCAACAAGAACUGGCUGAUACCCUUAAAAAACAGUCUAUGUCAGAGGCUUCACUGGAGGUGACAUCACGUUAUCGCAUUAAUUUAGAAGAUGAGACACAGGAUUUAAAGAAGAAAUUAGGUCAAAUCAGAUGUCAAUUGGAAGAAGCACAGGAGCGACACACAGAGGCAGUACGAUGUGCUGAGAAGACGCAAGAGCACUUGCAAAAGGUUGAAAUUGAAAAUGCCAAGUUAAAAGUUACAAUCAAAAAGCAAAUGGGAAAAAUUGAACACCUUCAGAAAAACCUGUUAGGUACAAGUUCGUCUGAAGAUGAAAAGGAACAAUUAAAGAAACUUAUUGAGUUAAAACAAUCUCUGGAAUAUCGUUUGGACCAAGAAAUGAAGAAAAAUGGUGAAUUAGAAAAAGAGAUUACUGGAUUUAAGAAACUAUUAAAAAUGACACGAAAGAAGUUAAAUGAGUAUGAAAAUGGAGAGCUUAGUUUCUAUGGAGAUUUGAAAACUAAUCAAAUUGAAAUGGAUAUUCAGAUGGCUAUGCUAAAACAUAAGAUUGAUGAUCUUACAGCAAAACUAGAAACUUCAUCUUCAAAAUGUCUACAUCUGGAUGCAAAAAAUCAAGCUCUUCAACAGGAGUUAUUAGCUGUGAAAGCAGUACAAAAGAAAUGUGAAAAACUAGAGAAGAAUAAAAAGAAGUUGGAACAAGAAGUAGUAAACCUCAAAAGUCAUCUAGAAAUCAAUAUGAUAGACCACGCUCAAAUAGAACAGUAUAAACGGGAGAUUGAAGAAAGAGCAAGGCAGGACAUAGUAGAAAAACUAAAAGAAGUCAAUCUGUUUUUACAGACUCAAGCAGCUUCUCAAGAAAACUUAGAGCAGUUAAGAGAGAAUAAUAAUGCUUCAAUAAGAAGUCAAAUGGAACUCAGAAUUAAAGACCUAGAAUCUGAAAUCUCUAAAAUGAAAACUUCCCAAGAAGAUUCUAAAGAAGCAGAAUUGGACAAAUACAAGCAACUCUAUCUAGAAGAAUUAAAAGUUAGAAAAGCAUUAUCAAAUAAACUAAACAAGACUAACGAGAGGCUAGCAGAGAUCAGUACCAAACUUCUCGUGGAGAAACAACAGAACAGAUCUUUACUUAGCACUCUCACAACCAGACCUGUCCUGGAGCCACCUUGUGUUGGAAAUGUUAAUAAUAGUUUAGUGCUCAAUAGAAAUCUUAUUCCCAGAGAAAAUUUAGCCAUUCCUACCUCAAGCCCACGGCCUUCAAAUAACAGCAUGGAGACCUACCUGACUAAGAUGCAGCAGGAGUUGGAAAAAAAUAUAACUAGAGAACUAGAAGAAGCUGCUGCUGAAUUUGAAUCUGGAUCCUGUAGAGCUUCUCCUCUAGGAUCUACUGAUGAGUCAAAUCAAGAUCUAGUUUUGAAAACAUCACAAGAAUAUGUACAAAUUUUAAAGAAAAAUUAUAUGAUCUGAAAGAUAAAUAAUAAAAAUCUAUUGGGCUGUUUACAUAACAUUUUAGUGGUUUGCCAUUCAAUAUAUGACGUGUUGAA